AUGCAGCAAGCCAAGGCGCUCAUCGCGAGCCAGAAGUACUCUGAAGCAAUAGCACUGCUCGAUGUCGCGCUCAGCAAGUCGCCUGACCUGCGAUUGCUCGACUUGCGUGCAAUAGCAAAGGACGCGAGUGAUCAAUGGCGAACCGCUCUUACCGAUGCCCAGCAGAUGGUCAGACUUGCGCCUGACAAGCCAAUGGGCUACUAUCGCGCCGCAAAGAUCCUCGCGAAAAGAGGCAAGUACGAUAAAGCGCGCGCAUUCAUGCAAGAGGCCAUCAUCCGCAGCACUCCCACUGCCCAGACUGUCUUGCAGAAUGAGCUCGCGCAGAUUGUGCCGUCACAACUGGCUAGCAAUCUCUUCGACAGUCUGCCUGUCGAGGUGAUCGCACUCAUCUUCAAGUACAACAUCGCGUCGGCAUCCGGCGUGGCAAAUCAAAAUCUCCAACUCUCGAGACUGCAGCGUGUCUGCAGACGUUUCCACGAUAUCAUCGAGUAUGACGCUACAUUCUGGCAGCGCUUCGAGGUCGUGAGCAGCCAUCGUCGCAACCUGCAGAAGAUGAAACGCUGGCAAGACAGACUCGGCAAAUCUCAUCUAACCGACCUUGUUGCGAGUAUAGACUCUUUCGAGAGCUAUGAGAAAUUUGCCCUCUCGAAAGGCAUGAGUCUUUCGGCCUUUGCAGGUCACGCUCUCACAUCGCUAAGCUGUAAAGACAUCACGGAAGAUGUCAAUGCUCUCAUUCACAACGUUGCAAGCAACCUAGUCCACGUCUCUCUGGGCAUAUCACGUUGCGGCGUUCCGCUCGAGGUUCUGCUGCAGUUUUUCCCUCGUUCUCGUACCAUCAGACUGGGCCCUAGGGGCGCAAGCUGGCAAGAUUUUGAUAUCGGGCCGUAUGAGGUCCUACACCCUUACGAUAAGAACCGGGCACAUCCUAUCGAAGAGAUUACCAUGCUGGAGUGCACAAUCAGUUCCGAGGCCGGUAAACUCGUCCGCGGCCAUCCCGUCCGACGCGACUGGUACAGCAAUGUCAGAAGUCUACUUCUCCAAGACUGCUGCCCUGGAAUCGAUCAACCCUUUGCCUCCUGGUUCGAACCAAAUACUUCGUCAGAGCGCAAAUACGACCUACCUCGUCUGCAAUAUCUCGUCAUCUCUGACAAGCGCAGGAUCGCCGAUGGCCCCCUUCUCUCCCUCGCGCACUGCCAGAGCUUGCAAAAGGCAACUAUUGUCAAUUACGGCAUAGCCAGCCUGCCGAGCUCUCUGCAAGCCCUAAAGUAUUCUUUUCAGGCUGGUCAGGCUGCGCCGAGUCUCGUCGAGACGCUGUCGAGCUGCCAGGAGCUGCGACAUCUCACCGUAGACGGACACGGAUUGGAGGGUCACGCCCUCUCUGCGCUUCUGCGGCACAGGCCGCUAGAUCUCAGAUCGAUCAACGUCGGCCCCAGAUCAUGUUUGAGCAACCUCGAUGUCGAAGCCCUCUUGUGCUGUAACAACCUUCAGGCCCUAGAAUUACGAGGUCUCGCCGACAUCACCGGCGGUCCUCUCGUGAGGCUCGUCAAUGCAUUGCGCAACCCAGAGACUGGCAAAGCUGCCAUCAACCUAUCGGUUGACGAUUGCCCCAACAUCGCUGUUGAUGCACUGGACUGGCUGCGCGCAAAUAUCGAUGGCAAAUUCAGCGCAAAGAUGACUCAAGUCUCUCGCAGUCGAUGA